UCAAGAAUAUGCUAUCUAUCACAUGCUGGCUAUAAAUAGCAAGUUGAUAUCUUCCUAAAAUCAUAAAGAGAUUUUCUAUAGUAUCACAAUGAGGCCUUCUCUUGCUAUGUUUUCUCUUCUAUUUGCUUUCUUGUUAAGUGGCACCAUAGAAGCAAGGAAAGAUCCUGGGCAGUAUUGGAAAGAGAUAAUGAAAGACCAGCAAAUGCCAGAAGGACUUCAAGGCCUUCUUCCAUUUCAAUAUGAAAAUCAUCCCAAGACUCAAGAGCAAUCUGUUAAAGAUUCCAAGCAUGAAUGUGAAGAGCCUCUUGAACCUCGACCAAGUAUUACUAAAUAUAAUGAUUUGGAACCUCGACCAAGUGUUACUAAAUACGAUGAUUUUGAAGUCAAGUUAAGUGCUAACGAAAAAGAUGAUUUUGAACCUAGACCAAGUACUACAAAGUACAAUGAUUUUGAACCAAGACCAAGCACUACAGAAUACAAUGAUUUUGAACCAAGACCAAGCACUACAAAGUAUAAUGAUUUUGAACCAAGACCAAGCACUACAAAGUACAAUGAUUUUGAACCAAGACCAAGCACUACAAAGUACAAUGAUUUUGAACCAAGACCAAGCACUACAAAGUAUAAUGAUUUUGAACCAAGACCAAGCACUACAAAGUACAAUGAUUUUGAACCAAGACCAAGCACUACAAAGUACAAUGAUUUUGAACCAAGACCAAGCACUACAAAGUACAAUGAUUUUGAACCAAGACCAAGCACUACAAAGUACAAUGAUUUUGAACCAAGACCAAGUACUACAAAGUACAAUGAUUUUGAACCAAGACCAAGCAUUACAAAGUACAAUGAUUUUGAACCAAGACCAAGUACUACAAAGUAUGAUGAUUUUGAACCAAGACCAAGUACCACAAAGUAUGAUGAUUUUGAACCAAGGCCAAAUGUUUCCAAAUAUGAUGAUUAGCUCUUGAAAAAGAGAAGUCACUCAAGAACAUCGUACUCUUA